CACGUUCAUAUAAAAUAUUAAUUUCAUCAAUUCAAUAGGACAUGUACUUCUACUCACCAGUAAGCCGUUGUAAAACUUUCUUUUUCCAACGUAACAAUUAAAAUGAUAUUCAGAUGAUAAAUGGUCGUUGAUCAGCACAAGAAAAUAAGUUACACCUGCUUUCGAGAGGAAAUCCAUUUCUCUGACAAAAUAAACUUAAAAAAGAAAAUAUGUAUUACAUUACAUACUAUGUACAUGCAGUUAUUUUUUGUGAUAAAUGUUUAAAACACACAGAAGUGAUCUAUAAUCACUAUUUCUUUUUAUUAACAACAGAUAUUCAACAGGAGUGCGUUCAGUGUCCAUCACCUUAGCCAUACGGGACAAAGUAAGAAACUGUUCAAAAUGGAGACAAGUAGCAGCGGAGAAAGACAGAUGUCUUCGGAAGAACCAAGGAGGUUUGCUAAACCUGACGAGGUGAACUAUGCCUUGAGGCAAGAUAUGGGACAGGGCUACACGAGGAGUACAAUUGAGAUAUCAGCCUUAGGUACCAAAUACAACAUGGUGUAUGGUGAAUGGGUACCUGUGGAUAGACCGGUUGAAGGAUGCCCAGUGGUAAUCUGCAUACACGGCACACCAGCAACAGAGGGAGCCUUCCGUCCAAUAGGCAGUCGGAUUGCGUCGUGUGGCUACAGAGUUUUGGCUGUCAACUUUCCAGGUAUGGGGUACACACAGAUUGAUCCAGAGCGAAAAUAUGACCACUCAUCUUCAGAUAAAGCAGAACUUGUCAAAGGCUUUAUAACUGCUAUGCAGUUAGAUAGUGUUGCCAUGGUUAUUGGCCAUUCUUCUGGAAGCCAUGUUGUUGCGGAAUUAGGGGCAGAUCGAGCCUUAGAAGGUAUUCUUCAGGCUGCUUGCUUUCUUUGUGGGACGGGAAUCACGCCCCAUAAGAUGCAGAAAAUUAGUACAAGAAUACCGUAUGCUGCUUACGCCAUUUACAGGGCGUUGUACAUGCCAGUUAUUGGAUGGAUCGUGCAGUUUCUUUGCUCCAAAUUCAUUCACUACAUGGGUUUUCGCGGAAGAACAACGGAGGCGCAAGUCUUGAGUAUCUACGAAGCGGCCGUCUUGGACUUUACCGCGUUUGGUAGAUCUGUAAAGAGAAUAGCCGAGAGGAAACUACCGGUCCUGCUAUUCUUCUCCCUCGAUGAUGUCGUCGUUGAACCAGAGCUCCUCCAAGAAAACAUUGACGUUCUUGGGGUUCCAGAGGUGGAUAUCAAAGACUACGAUGUUAACGGAGAGUCAGAACACAUCUAUGGAGACGGGACCCUGCGGAGAGUUGUCCGCUUUGCCAAAGCUACCCAUCGGCUACAGUUCACCAAUCCGGAGAAGACUACAGCAGAGAUUGUCUCGUUGCUGGAUGCUUUAGGAAAAAGAUGAUGUUACUGAAACAUAGUGCAACACAUCUCACACACACCAAACAGGAAUGAUUUGAAAUCGCUCAAAGUAAAUGAAGUAUAGUCUAAGGUGGUCUUCAUGAUCAGGUGGCCUUAAAGGCCAAGUCCACCCCAGAAAAAUGUUGAUUUGAAUAAAUAGAGAAAAAUCAAACUAGCAGAAUGCUGAAAAUUUCAUCAAAAUCGGAUGUAAAAUAAGAAAGUUCUGGCAUUUUGAAGUUUCGCUUAGUUUUCACAAAACAGUGAUAUGCACAAUUCAGUGACAUGCAAAUGAGACAGUCAAUGAUGUCCCUCACUCACUUCUUUUGUUUUUUAUUUUUUUAAUUGUACAAUAUUUCAUUUUUACAAAUUUGACAAUAAGGACCAACUUGACUGAACCAAAUAGUAUUCAGCAAUGCUAACUUAACAUGUUCAGGGAGGAAUAAAUCAUUGUUCAUUUGACAAUGAGAAAAUUAGAAUAUUUCAUAUAAUACAAUACAAAAGAAAUAGUAGAUGACGUCAUAGUCUCCUCAUUUGCAUACCAGCAAGGAUGUGCAUAUAUCUGUUUUGUGAAAUUAAGCAAAACUUUAAAACUUUCUUAGUUUACAUCCGAUUUCGAUAAAAUUUUCAGUGUUGCACUUGUUGGAUUUUUCUCUUUUUAUCCAAAUCAACUUUUUGUUGGGGUGGACUUAACCUUUAAUGAACAGGUUUCAAGUCUGGGUGGGUGUUUCAAAAGCUGUUCAUCAAGUCCAUUUGACUUUAAACUUGUUCUUAUAUGCUAAGUUAGCUACAUAAGAAUAUAUCAUCACAAGAAAGGGUGACCAUUCGUACGUAAGGGACAGCUUUAUGAAUCACCCGCCAGGUAAUUUUGAUGGGAAAUACAUAUUCAUAUAUACACAUGGUAUUUGUGAUAUAUGUUCAGACAAAUUUUCCUUGCCAUCUGUUUAAAAAAGCAAAUCUACCUGAAAUACUAUGAUGCAUUUUAUAUAGUAUUAUCGCGCUGUGGCCAUUUAUUCUGUUAAUGAUGUGCGUUUGUAUUUCCGACCAAUAUACAUUUUUUUAAUACACAAAAUUUAUUCAAAAAAGAUGUCUCAGUAAUUACAUUGUGAUUGAGUUAUAUUGAUUUUGUUGCAGCCAUUUUUAUCAUGCUAUUUGAUGGUAUAAAGUUGAUUUUAUUAGUCAGUGAAUAUUGAAGAUAAAGAUGAAUGUUAGUUAUAUUAACAAUUUCAAAAUGUGUUCAUGAAAUAAGGAAUGUGAAUGUAUGGAUAAAUAAAUUACCACACAAGUGUCCGUUUGAAUGAAUGAACAUAUAUGUUCUAAAUGAUUCUGGAAGAAAUUGGUGUAUUUGCUGAGAAAUCAGCAAAAUAAGCAUGGGAUUCUACACCAAUGUUUGGUCUUAUGCCCAGUGCGCACUAUGCAAUCCGAUACGACACAACUAAAAAAAAAAAAAAAAGCAUUUAGCAUAAAAUAUGAAAAUUCCAAGAAGAAAAAUUACUUUAUUUGAAGUUCUGCAUAAUGUUAGCAAUAACAAAAUGAUAAUUUUGUUUUGAGGCUAUCCCUGUUGUCGGAGAAAAGUUAAAAUCUGCUUCAAGUCUUGGCCGAUGAUGACGUCAUUGCGAUUUAGAAUUAACUUUGCUUUUAUUCCUACAGGGAGGCUGGAACCAGACUGAAUCUUGAUUUCAGUAGCCUCACCACUAUUCUUAUCUCUGAUCACUAAGAUUUCAUUGGUUGGAAUGUUCAUAUAAAAUGUUAUUAUAAUUUCUUUGAAAAUCGGAUCACAACGAAUUGCAUAGUGUGCACAGGGCUUUUUAAAGACUAUUUUUUUGCCUGCCAGGAUCCCAGGAAAAGGGUCAUUAUUAUGUAAUCCCUAUCACUGAAUCUGUUUUUUUUUCAAGUCCUGUUUGUUGGUCAUACAGGUAUAAAGUAGCUAAAAGAAAAGGUGGUAUAAAGAGAACAUUCCUUGUCAUUUGUUGACAGAUUUUGUGUCUGGCUAGACAAGUGUGUGUCUGAUAAAUAUACUCUAAAAUAACGAGUAUUAUACAUGCUGGAAACCAAAAUUUAGUAAUAUACAAUAAAAAUCAGUGUUUACUUUUUCUCAAGUACCAUAACAUGCAUAUUUGAUAUACUUGGCUAUGUAAAGGUUCAAUAAACCAUGACAAUAAUUUCUUUUUAUAAGAAUAGUAUUAAUGAUGAUGAUAAUAACAACAACAUUUCUAUAAUGCCUUAUCUAUUUUCUGUUUGCAUAAUGAGAAUAUCUUCCAUAUACAUUUAAUAAAAAUUAUGGAAAAAUAUAUACAUUUUACAGGGAUGCAUGUACGUGUAUUGUCAUUUAUAAGCACAAAUUGUAGAUUCCGAUGGUAUAUCUACUUGUCGUAUUAUGAAAACAGAUUUAUUCAUGUGUGUGAAGGGAAUUCCAUUCUCUAUGUUAUUCAGUGUUUCUAUAUUAUACAACUGCCCAAAUACUUAAUAUCAUUUAUCAUGUUAGUGCUUGCAUAUUAAGUGCUGUAUAACUGAUGCAUGAUUUUACUUAUUCUUAUUUUUGUUAUUUAAUUCUUGUGAACUGGAGUUUAAUCUUGAGUUUUGAAUAUAAUAUACAAAUAUGCCAUCCUUUCAGUAAGUAUAGUAGGAAUUAUUUGUCCGAUGUUGGACUGGCAUUACUAUUUGCUCAUGCAGUGCGAGCUCGAUCUGUCAAUUGUCGUGUACAUACUAUUACUACAUGCUCGCUGCAAACAAGUGCUUUUACUUGUGGUGACUGGGGUCUUGGUGCGCGCGUGCAAUGGACAAAUCGUAUUGAUCCAAAAUUGCAAAAAAGACGAUGACGUCAUUGUAAAAUGGGCUGAAUGAUUGAUAUCAAACAACCAAUCAAAUGACAAGGAUCUAUCUAGGUGACAUAUAAUAGAAAAUAAGAUAAGAAUACAGGUAACUCGGCCUAAGUCCACCUUCCAUAAGUCGAAUAAUCGCCUAUGUCGAAGCAUGAUGUUAAUGUCUGUACUAGUGCGUAU